AUGAGCAAGGUCCUCUGGCGACUUGGGGAGCGUGGUAGGAUAGACAAAGAGGAGUUAUCGCACAUCACCCGAAAGCUUGGAUUGGAGCGAAGCGAAGUGUGUGGCUCAUGCCCGGUGCAGGCACCUACAUUUUGUGAUCAUCUCCAGCGGCACAGGGAGCCCGAUGGCAGCUGCAACAACUUGGAGAAUUCACAAUGGGGACAGGCCUACUCAUGUGAACGCAGGUUGUUGCCGGCUUCUUACAGCGACGGCAUCAACGAGCCACGGAAGUCUUGCAGUGGUCGACCCUUGCCGAGUGCCCGCUUGGUCUCGUACAUGGUGCACACGGAGAAGGACGUACAAGAGUGGAGCGUCAGCCACUUGGGAAUGGCAUUCGGACAGUUCCUUGAUCACGACAUUGCUUUCACGCCCACUGGAACCUUACCACCACUGGAAACAUUCUUAGGAGCUCAGAACAGCUUCAGCAAUGACACUGAGAGCUUGGCCAUACUGGUGUUAGGGAAUGAUACGUUUUACUCCCAGUUCAACGUGUCAUCUUUGCCGUUUACACGUUCUCUACCUUGCUGCCAAUGUCCACUGGGACCGAGAGAACAAAUGAACUCUAGGACAUCGUUCAUCGACGCCUCGCAUAUCUAUGGCACCAACGAGGACAUCACGAACAGCCUUCGCACAUUCGUUCGAGGAUUGCUGAAAUAUCGAGAGGUAGAGGGCUCUGUCAGAUUGCCCCCAAGUCUGCAACCUAGGAACGACAGAUGCAGUCGUCCAAGUGAAGGCAAGAUCUGCUUCAAGACUGGUGACUUCAGGAGCAACCAAAAUCCAGGUCUCAUGUCUCUGCAUACCUUAUUUCUCAAGGAUCACAACAGGAUCGCUAACACGCUGGCUAGAAAUAAUCCUAGCUGGAAUGACGAGAGCAUUUUUCAAGUAACGAAAAGGAUUGUUGAAUCUCGGUUUCAACACAUCGUGUUCAACGAAUGGCUGCCGGUCAUACUUGGGGGCACGGCCAUGACCCGUUACAACCUUAGGCCACUCGGGGAAGGAUACACCAAGUACAACGCACGUGUGGAUCCAACCAUUGCCAACGAAUUCAGCUCGGCUGCCUUUCGAUUCGGUCACUCAAACGUACAAGGCCUCUUCAGCUUGCUUCGCUCGAACGGCAAACAGUGGGGCGCGACCCCGCUAAAGGAUGUUUAUUUCCAACCGUUUGACUUCUACCUGAAGGAAGACUGCACUUUGCGCGGACUCAUGGGAGAGCCAUGGCAAGCUACUGACAGGUACGGCGAUAAGGCGAUCACGAACUACCUGCACCGGCAGCCAGACAAGCCCUUCGGACAGGACCUCUUCGCUAUCGAUAUUCAGAGGGGUCGGGACCACGGAAUCAGGCCGUACGUGGACUACGCCCACUUGUGUCAUAACGUCACCGUCAAGAGCUUCGAGGAUCUCGUUGGCCACAACCUGAUGCCGAGAGACACCGUUCGCCUGUACUCAGAGAUUUACGAGGAUGUUCGGGACAUCGACUUCUUCUCGGCCGGCCUCAACGAGCACCCGCUUCGGGGAGCGAUGAUAGGACCCACAUUCCUCUGCGUGGUGGCCGACAUGUUUGCCAGGUUGAAAUGGGGGGACCGCUACUACUACGAGCACGGCGGGCAGGCCGGAUCAUUCACGCCAGAACAACUGCGGACGAUAAGGGAGACGACCCUCGCCAAGAUUAUCUGCGAGAACACUAGAGUUGGCAUGAGUGUCCAGCGAAACGUCUUCCGAACGCUCAAAUCGGGGCGUGUGGGCUAA